AAAAGGACGCGCAAAUGAUACAUGAUAAAUUGAAGCGCACAUUAGCUGAGAAGGAAGGAGAAAAAGAAAAUUUUAUUUGCAGCGAUCGGGCCUCUCUCGGAUCCACAGUACCGGGUCGAUUUCCUUCUUCUUGUUUGCUGAAAAGAAGGAAAACCGAUAGAGAUCAUUGAAGAAACGAAGAAAGAUGUGGGUGUUUUACCUGAUCUCGCUGCCUCUAACCCUAGGCAUGGUGAUUUUGACGUUGAGGUACUUCGCCGGCCCGGAGGUGCCUCGUUAUGUCCUAUUCACCGUUGGAUACACCUGGUUCUGUUCUCUUUCUAUUAUCAUCCUUGUACCUGCCGAUAUCUAUACGGCAAAAUUUCAGCUUAAUAAUGGAGGCAUUUCUUUCUUUUGGAGCUGGUCAUAUUGGAGUACAUUUUUACUUACUUGGGCUGUGGUGCCCCUUAUUCAGGGUUUUGAAGAUGCUGGAGACUUCACUGUGACAGAAAGAUUAAAGACUAGUAUACAUGCUAACUUGGUCUUCUAUUUAAUUGUGGGAUCUAUUGGACUCUUUGGACUUAUUCUCCUUGUUUUGACGCAAAAAAGGAGUGGGAGUAAUGUGCUUGGUGUUGCUAUGGCAUGCUCGAACACAUUUGGACUUGUAACAGGUGCCUUUCUUCUUGGUUUUGGUUUGAGUGAAAUUCCUAAGAACUUGUGGAGAAAUGCAGAUUGGACAACUCGCCAAAAAGUUCUUUCACAUAAAAUUGCCAAAAUGGCUGUGAAACUCGAUGAUGCUCAUCAAGAACUUUCAAAUGCUAUUGUAGUUGCGCAGGCAACAUCCACUCAGAUGUCCAAGCGUGACCCUUUGAGACCUUACAUGAAUGUCAUAGAUAACAUGCUAGCUCAAAUGUUCAGGGAAGAUCCAUCCUUUAAACCACAAGGUGGCCGAUUGGGAGAAAAUGAUAUGGACUAUGAUACGGAUGAGAAAUCAAUGGCAACACUUAGACGCCAUCUUAGGGUGGCUCGUGAGGGGUAUUAUCGUUAUAAAAGUGAGUAUAUGAACUAUGUCUUGGAAGCCCUAGAACUAGAAGAUACAAUUAAAAAUUAUGAACGUGGCAGUUCAACUGGAUGGAAAUAUAUUUCAAGCUUCAGACCUGCUCGAACUGGUAAAUUGGGGGCCUGCCUUGAUACAAUGGAAUUUUUUUUGCGAUGCAUUUUAAGUAAGCAAUUUGAGAAGCUCUCAGCUAUCGUACUUGGUACUAUGUCAGCUGCAAUUCUUUUGGCCGAGGCAACUCUGCUACCAUCUAGUUUUAAUCUCUCUCUUUUUUCACUUCUUAUAAACUCUAUUGGAAAGCAAGAGAUUUUUGUGCAGGUGUUGGCUCUUAUACCUUUGAUGUAUAUGUGCAUUUGCACGUACUACUCUCUGUUCAAAAUAGGAAUGCUAAUGUUUUAUUCAUUAACACCUAGGCAGACGAGCUCAGUCAGCUUGCUUAUGAUAUGCUCGAUGGUUGCUCGUUAUGCUCCUCCAAUUUCGUAUAACUUCCUCAAUCUCAUCAAUCUUGAUGCUAAAACUAUAUUUGAAAAACGAAUGGGCAAAAUUGAUGACGUUUUAAAGAUAUUUGGAAGUGGGUUUAACAAAAUCUAUCCCCUCAUAAUGGUUAUAUACACCCUUUUGGUUGCAAGUAAUUUCUUCGACCGUGUGUUUGGUUUCUUUGGGAGCUGGAAGAGAUUUAGAUUUCAAACAGAAACAGAUGAUACUGAUGGAUUUGAUCCGUCAGGAUUAAUUAUCCUACAGAAAGAAAGAUCUUGGCUGGAACAAGGACAAAAAGUUGGUGAGCAUGUUAUCCCACUGGCAAGAAACUUUAACAAUGUGGAUAUGGAGUCUGGCAGCAAUAGUGCAAUACAUCACCGUAUAAUAAUCAAGGAAAACUCUCAGGAUAAGACUGCUGUUGAAAUGAAGGCAACAACUAGCUUAGUUGCUGAUGCUAAAAAGGGAAGUCCAUCAUCACCUUUAAAAGAAGGCGGCCACAGACGUGUCACCAGUAAAGAAGCCAUUAGCAACAAAUAUAGUGUGUUGAGAGAAGAAAGUAGACAUGCCAAUACUGCGCCUGCGGACAAGAACGUGACCUCUGCUAAGGCAUCAUUGCUUGAUGUGGGCAACUCAGAAUCUAACAACACAAAAGGAGGACCAUCUGGUUUGGCAUCAAAAUGGGAAUCAAUGAAGAAUGGUUUUCAAAAUUUCAAGGCAAAUAUAGGGUCUAAAAAGUUUCUUCCUUUACGUCAAAUCCAGGAAACUCAAUUCAUCUCACGUGUUUCAUCAUCCGAGUCUCUUGAUGAGAUAUUCCAGAGGUUGAAACGGCCAUCUAAUGACCAUGGCAGUAAUAGUGAUGAUGAUGCGAUGACAUCAGGCCCUGGCAGAUAAUGUUUAGAUUUGUCAACGGAACAGGAACACUUAAUUGCUGUUGUAGAAAUUGAACACGAGAUGUACAGAAAAAGGGUGGUACCCGGCUCAUACCAAAAAAAUUAUUUUCCUGAAAUUUGGGAGGAUGAUCUACCAGACAGAGACUUCAUACAUACUUCAGAAUGGGGAACUCAAUACGAAAAGGAGGAAAAAAAAAAUACAAGGGGAGGAAAGGAAGACAUUUGUUAAAGAUGCAAAGAUAAUGUGUAGGAGGAAUUUUGGCAUUUAAAUUGCAGCAGUAGAAAGCAUAUUGGCUUAUGCAUAUGUGUAGCAUGUUAUAUUUUAGUUUUAUUAUUAUUUUGGUAUUCUUGGACA